AUGGGUGGUUUUCUCUCGCAUUUGAAACCUGAAAAUAACAAGGAAGUUUUCAAUUCCUCAUGUGGACCCAUCAGGGGAAACAUUUAUAGACAUGGCGAAAAGAUAGUUGAUGGAUACCUCGGAGUUCCAUUCGCGAAGGCUCCAAUUGGAGAGCUUCAGUACAAAAAGCCUGUGCCAGCGGAUAAAUGGACGGAACCGAUCGAUUGCUACAAAUAUGGACCCGGAUGUCCCCAGUCUGGCUCUUUUGCCGCUGUUAGUUACGGAAUGAUCUUUUUUUAUUCUAAUUUUACUCGUUUUCAGUUUUUCAAGGGAGUACGAGAGUUCGCUGAGGAUAACUGUCUCAACUUGAAUGUUUUUUCUCCUAGAACAAAACCAACAGAAUUCGUAUGUUUUUGUUUUGAGAAAUUCCUCAUUACUAAAUACUUUUUUCAGUCGAAAGGUCUUCCAGUUAUGGUUUAUUUUUACGGCGGAGGCUUCGAAGUUGGAUUCUCUUCAAUGCUUGAUGAUUACUCUUUAUCUGGAACUCUUCCACUUAAAGAUGUCGUUGUUGUGUCCGCCAACUAUCGUGUUGGUCCUCUUGGUUUCUUGACUACCGGAGAUGAAGUAUCGAAAGGAAACUAUGGAUUGUGGGAUCAAACACUAGCUUUGAAAUGGGUACAAGAUCAUAUCGCUUCAUUUGGGGGAGAUCCAGAUAAUGUCACUAUUUUCGGAACUAGUGCAGGAGGAGCUAGUGUUGAUUUUCUGGCGUUGAGUCCUCAUUCUAACAAGAUGUUCCACCGCUUUAUGGCUAACUCUGGAUCUGCCUUCUGUGACUUUGCAAUUCGUCCCAAACACUUACAAGCUAAGGUCUUCCGAGAAUUCGCGAAGCAUUUUGGUUACAAUGGAGAAGAUUCACAAAGUCUUCUGAAAUGGUAUCAAAAUCAAGAGACUGAGAAAUUCACUGAAGUCGAAAAUUUCAAACGACCAGCUUCCGGAUUUUUGUCAUUUGUACCCAAUCUAGAUGGAGACUUCUUCCCAAAACCUUUGGAUGAGCUCAGAAAAGAAGCUCCAAAAUUGGAUGUCAUUGUGACAGUGGGAGAAUACGAGGGAUUGAGUUUUAUGAUGAAUGUGCCAAAAGGACAACCCUUUAACGAAACUGUCUCAUUAUUAUUUGGGGAAGACAUGGUGAAUGAUGUUGAAGAAAACAAAAAGAAGCUAGUUGAGCUUUAUAUGAAAGACGUAGACACUACAGACAAGGAUGCGGUUAUGAAAAGAACUGUUGAAUUUGUUGGGGACGCCUGGUUUAACAUUGGUAUAUUGAACACUGCGAAAUCCUGUGCCAAAUACGGAAAUAAUGUAUACUUGGCUUCGUUCGACUACUACUGCAAAGAUGGAAUCGACCCUCCUAUGGCAGCAACGCUGGCUUUUAAGGCAGCCACUCACGGAUCCGAGUUAAAAUUCAUUGUUGGAGAGGGAAUGGGAAAAUUCAGUCCAACUGAGGAGGAAUUGAAAGUGAUGGAUAUUAUGGGGACUACGGUAACCAAUUUCGCCAAAUAUGGAAAUCCAAACGGAAAGAAUGUACCGGAAAUUUGGAAGAAGUAUAACGUAGAUCAUCCAGAUAGAUAUUUCAAGAUCGACUAUCCGAAGAGUGAAAUGAGAGAUAAUUUCCAAAAUGGAAGACUAAAAGCGUUGGAUGAAGUCAACAAGAGUGGGAAGAAAUAUCAAGAAAUUGUGUAUGGAAAUAAAUUGUAA